UCUUCGUUAAGUAGUUUGCAGGUAACUAUGGUGGUAGGUAAAGUGUAUCAGGCGGCUAAAUGGACCACAGAGACUGUGAUUGGAGCAGCACAAGCCCUUGCUAAUACAAAAGGCCCCGUGCCAGCCACAGAUCUCCAUCCGCGAAUGCCCGCUCGACCAUGGACAGCUCAAGAAUACCUGCGCAUGUGGUCAUGGCGUCAUUGCUGGAAAUACAUCCCAGUAUUCCGUUUCUACGUCUACUCUGGCAUCAUCAUGUUUGUAAUACUGAAAUACGUCGUUCCAUUCAAACCACGUCACAGCAUCAUGUAUCACAAGGGCAAAGCCGACGCUCAUCAUCACGAGGUUGAACACUGGUAUGGUAUUAGACAAAAGAAGGCUGACGCUUUGUACUUCAAAAAGUAUAAUCCACUCAAAAAGGAGGGCGACAUCGAAAGUCAGCAGACUACAGCAAAGAAGCUUCGAAUGCUGUGGGCGCUAGCUUUGGUGCCAUUGUGCUGCUGCGUUACCCACAUCACGCCACCAUGCGAAGACGACAUAAAGGGCAUUGGCUCUUCAGCUGGAUACAACAUCGCCUCUAAAAUUCUUACAAAGUCAAUCAAUUUUUCGGUGAAUCCAUGCGAGGAUUUUUUUGCGUUUACCUGUGGCAACUGGAUAGCUAAUCAUCCAAUUCCCAAACACAAAACCACCUAUGAUCAAUUUGUACUGGUCUCUGACAGAGUGCAAGAGCAAAUGAGAGACAUACUUGAAUCCAAUGAAAUAUUUGACUCGAAAUCUAUGAAUGCUUUGAAAGCUAUCUACAAGAAAUGUAUGGAUAAAGAGGAGCUCAACCGCAUCGGUGCUAGUCGAUUGAUAGAAGGCAUCAGGAAUUUCGGUUUUUGGCCAAUACUGGAAGGAGAUGAAAAAUGGAGAGUGGAGAAUUUUGAUUUGACAUCACUCUUAAUACAUGUGUCAAAAAAGCGCAAUGUUAAUGCGUUCAUCACGUACUCUAUCACCUUCGACGACAAAAAUGUUUCUCGCCGUCUAAUCAAGUUCGAUCAAGGAAAUCUUAUUUUGGGUGAAUCUUCGAGAGAUUAUUACUUGGAUACAGAAAAGCAUGGUAAAAAAAUCGAGGCUUUGAAAAAUCUCCUUAUUAGUCAGAUAGAGCUGUGUCAAAAGGAUGCCUAUCUGCCAACUAACAGACCAAAAAUUGUAAAAGACGUAGACGAACUUAUCGAUCUUGAAACGAAAUUGGCACGAAUCAUAGUUGCGGAAGAGGACCGCAGGAACCAUACCAAACUUUAUAACCUUCGCCACCUGAGUGACAUGCAGGGGCUCAUGCCUUUAGUCGACUGGUCGCAAUUUUUUCUUGCCAUUUCUCCAGCUGCUUCCCACCAAUAUCUCAACUCGGAUCCAGAAAUUCUUAUUGUAGAAAUUGACUAUCUGAGAAGAAUAACCGAACUUUUGCAAUCAACGGACAAACGUAUAAUCAUGAAUUAUGUUCUCAUGCGGUAUUCCUUAGACUGGGCACAAGAGAUGGGAGAAAAGUACGAAGAUGUUACUCAGAAAUUCAAUAAGGUUAUGUACGGGAAACAACAGAAAGCACCACGAUGGAAGGACUGCAUCACUCAUACUAUGGAACUGGAAGAAAUGCAAUACGCUACCAGUGCGAUAUACAUAAAGAAGGACUUCGACCAGGAGUCAAAGAAUGUUACACUGGAAAUGAUCGAUGACCUUAAAAAAACAUUUCGUGAGAUCCUCAGCAGCAGUGAUUGGAUGGACGAUCAAACUAAAACUACAGCUUUGAACAAGGAAAGCCGAAUGCUGCCUCAGAUAGCCUACCCAGACUUUAUUCUAAAUGACGAAAAGCUCGACGCAUACUACGAUGGUCUGGAUGUGCGUGACACUGAUUCCUACACUGAGAUGUUGGAAAAAGUGACGCGAUGGGGAAUAGAGUAUGCCUUUAAAAGAUUGAUGAAACCUGUGGAUCGUUCCGAGUACAAUUUCAACUCUGCCAUAGUUAACGCUUAUUACUCAAUGGAAUCCAAUUCUAUCAAAUUUCCUGCUGCCAUUCUUCAAGCUCCAUUCUUCCACCACACCUUUCCGAGGGCUCUAAAUUACGGUGGAAUAGGAACAGUCAUUGGGCAUGAAAUUACACAUGGCUUCGAUGAUGAAGGUUGCCAGUUUGACGCUACCGGUAAUCUUCGCGAUUGGUGGAGUGAGGACGUAAAGAAAAAGUUUCAGGAUCGAGCUCAGUGCAUAAUCAAUCAGUACGGGAAUAUUAAAGUACCUGGAACUGGUCUCAAAAUCAACGGUAAACUAACGCAGGGAGAAAAUAUUGCCGACAUUGGUGCAGUGAAGCAGGCGUACAGGGCUUACAAAGCUUAUCUGCGGAAGCAUGGUGGGGAAGAAGAGAGAAUCAAAGGCUUGGAACAAUAUAACAACAAGCAGAUGUUCUUCUUAGGAUAUGCUAUGACCUGUUGUGGGCAUAUGACACAUGACAAGCUAAUUAACGAAAUUCUUACCGAUUACCACGCUCCACUACGUUAUCGGGUCAAUCAAGUGCUAGCCAAUCAACCCGAGUUUGCCGCUGCCUUCAGAUGUAAAAAGGGCACUGCCAUGAAUCCCAGAAAACGCUGCGCUGUUUGGUAAUUAUAGAAGGAGUACCAGACAAACUAUCGUAUUUAUGUACCACUUACUUACUACUAAGAGCUUCAUAAAUGCAAACUAACUUUAUAUGACAGAGAAAGUAUCGUCUAGAAAUUGUGCCUUUGGUCAAAGCCGCGCUUGACCAUACUGUACUAUUUGAUGUAUGUUAGUGCAUCUUUCCAGUU